UGGGGCUUGGAGUGGAAGAAGGAAGUGUGUGUGUUCUUCAGACAGCCCUGAGCCUACACACCGGCCCAGGGAGCUUGCAGGGCCCCAGGUGCCCGGGGUUGGCAGAAGCCCCACUUCCUUGUGGCCCAUGGAUACUGCCAGGCCCACUGGAGCUCCUGAGGGAGACUGGGGCCCAGGCUCGUGCCCAGCAACCAGUGGUGUCCUGAGAGCCUUAGGCCACUCUUCUCCCUGCUGCUAGCUUCCAGGACGAUGAGAGAGCCUGAGGCCCACACCGCUUUCAGGAGGAUGGCUGCCUUUUCCCAGUGCAUCAGGCCUGACCCCAGUGAGCUGGACGUGAUUUCCACAAGGGUGAUGGACAUUAAGCUUCGAGAGGCUGCAGAAGGCCUUGGGGAGGACAACACAGGAAAGAAAAAAUCCAAAUUCAGAACUUUUAAGAAGUUAUUUGGGAAGAAGAAGAGGAAGGAAUCACCUUCGUCCACAGGAAACAGCGCCUGGAAACAAAACCCAGCCAAGAGCGAGGUCAUUGCCAUCGAGUCCGGGCCGGUGGGCUAUGACUCCGAGGAUGAGCUUGAGGAAUCCAGGGGCACGCUGGGCAGCCGGGCCCUUUCACAUGACAGUAUUUUCAUUCCUGAGGCGGGACAGGACCCUGCUCGGCCGGUGCGGGUGUUUUCCCAAGAAAAUGUAUGUGACCGGAUUAAAGCUCUACAGUUAAAAAUACAAUGUCACGUGAAGAUGGGGCCACCACCUCCAGGGGGGCUGCCCAUCAAGCGGGCAGAGGACACUGGCAUGAGCUCCGAGGACGACGGGCUGCCCCAGAGCCCCCCGGAGAUGUCCUUGCUGCACGACGUGGGCUCAGGCACGACCAUAAAGGUCUGCUUAGUGUCCUCAUCCCGGCCACAGUCUCCAGACCACACGAGCAAUGCCACCGUCUCCUCCCGGACCUCAGACAGCAGCCUGGUGCCUGUGGCUGACUUCAGCCAACCCCCAGAGUCCUCCUCCUGCCUGGACAACUCUGCAGCCAAGCACAAGCUCCUGGUUAAGCCACGAAACCAGCGGUCAAGUAAAAUGAGGCGGCUGUCUUCGCGGGCACAGUCAGAAUCCCUGAGUGACCUGAUCUGUACCCCCGAGGAGGAGGAAUAUGAUGAGAAGCCAGCACCUGAAGUCGGCACAGAGGAGAAUCCCAGCUCUGCACAACAGGAUUUGAUGCUGGACAGAGACUGUUUGCCUGGGGGACCUGCUACCUUGAUGCCACCUGGGGGACCCCGUGCUAGACGUGCCCGCCUGCAGCACAGCCCAGCACUCAGUGCAAGUAUGGAAGAGGGGAGCUCCCUUGAGGAUGUCCCCUCAAGCCACCUGGCUACCCCAGAGGUCACUGAGCCUGUGGCAGUCCCGGCCCCCUGCGUGGAGUCCCUGUCUCUACCGAACAGCUCUCUGCACCCCAUCCCCAACAUUGAAAUCCAGGAGGAAGAGCUGUCCACUGCAAGCCCAUGUCCUCAAGCUGAGGACAGAGAUGAGGAGAUGGUUUGUGCUUCUGGAGAUGUGGAAAGUGCAUUGUCUACCAGUGUCUCCUUGGUAGACACAACACCUCACGACAUAGCACCUCCUGAGAUUGUCAUUGCCACCACCUUGGAGACACCCUGUGAUCCAGGUGGUCCAGACCAAAGCAUCCACCCAGAGGUAGAACCCAUACUGGCAUUGCCUGGCCCCAAGGGAACAGGGACAGAGCCUGCAGUGGUCCCCGCCCCGAGCCCUCCAGGGCCCAAGAGCUGCCUGAAGCACAGGGCUAUGACAGUGGCCGAAGACCUCAGCAUGUCCCCAGCACCCACCACAGAGUCACCGCUGCAGGACCCCAGCCCACAAGCCCUGGGCAUCGAGGCUGUGCCCCCCGAGUGCCCCAAGGCUGAGCACACAGAGCCCCCUAAGGGCGGUCCUGAGAGAGGGACACCAGGACGGAAAAGUGAGCGGGGUGCGGCUGGUGGGGAGCUGCGGGGUGGGAAGAAGUUCUCAGUGUCGUCAUGCAGGGCACAGCCACACCCAGGAGGCCCUCGGCUUUUGGGUCCCACUGUCCCCACUGUCUCUGCAAUCCGAUUGCCCCUGGCACGCAGUGGCCUGGCCUGGAAGAGUGAGGCGGCCCUCGAUGACCUCCACAUGCUCCCCGAGCCCCAGACUUGGAAAUCAGACCCUCAGAAGCCAGCAGAGCCAGAGUCUCAGGACUCAGGAGACAUUGUGGCCACCAUGCCAGGCAUGGGAGAGCCCUGCCCAGGCACUACAGAGAAACCCCCAUGUGAGGACAAAAGUUCCUUCCCUGUCAAGCUGCGGUCCACCUCCCUGUCCCUCAAGUACAGAGAGGGCUCCUCCCAGGAAGCCAAGGGCAUCAAGAGACACAGCGCUGAGGUUAGGUUAGAAAGAGGAGGGCUGGCCCUGCUCCCCAAAGAUGAGCAGGGUCACAUCGGGACAGCCACUGCACUCCGAGGUGCCAGGUCCCCCAACAGCCAAGGAAAGGGGAAGGCGCGUUCCCCUGAGCAACCCAGCUCCAAGCCACCCCUGCCCAGGAAGCCACUGCUGCAGAGCCUCACCCUGGCCUACAUGCCUGAUGUCAGCCCCGGAGAGCCCGAGAAAGUGACCCUGCCUGCAGACCCCAGAAAGGACAGCAGAGGGACAGAGAAGUCAGGACGCAGAGGAGCUGAGAAGGGUCUGCCUGUGGCAGCAACAGGUCCCGAAGCUGAUGGGCAGCCCACACCACCCUGGAUCACCAUGGCUCGGCAGAAGCGGCGAGGGGGCCCUGACCAGCCACCGAGCCAGGAAGACAAACCUGGAACUCGGACCCUGAAGUCAGAAACAGGAAAGCAAGCCAAGGCACCUGAGAGAGCCCAGGAGCCUGUGAGACAGGUUGACUUUGUCCGCAGCAAGUCUUUCCUGAUGACCCCUACUAAGCCCACAGUGACCCAGAAGCAGGCAGCCAAACUGAGCCUCAAGGAGGGGCUGCAAAGGGGAAUCUCCCUAUCACAUCAGAACUUGGCUCAGGCUGCGGCAAUGGCAGAGAAGGAGUUGCAUCAGCUGAAGAGAGCCAGUUAUGCCAGUGCAGAUCAGCCCUCCUGGAUGGAACUCGCCAGAAAGAAAUCUCAAGCUUGGAGCGACAUGCCUCAAAUCAUAAAAUAAAUUGGCAGCCCACCGACAAAGAAUGUCCACUCCCUUGACAGGCCACUUAGUUUAAAACUGCCAAUAAAUCACGGCAAACAGACUGUGCAACUUAAGCUUGAUUUUAUCACCAAGUUAUGACAAGCUCGGGGAAGAGAGGAACCAAGCAAAAUGAAGAGAACAAACAGCCAUAAUCCUGGACCAGAGGGGCCCCAAACAAAAACCACAUUGAAAAAAUCCAGGAAUGAAUUCCUGUGCUCAGGGGCAUGAAUGUGAGUCUUUUAGAAUUCCCUUGGUAAAGAGGCUCAGACAAGGCGGAAAACAGAAAUGAAAUGUGGAUUUAUAAAUCAGACACCCUGAAAGCCCAAAACCGAAGCUAUCCCAGGAGCGCCCGUGUUUGUGGUUCCACUGAAGAUCAGCCUGUGUGUCUGGCCGCGGUCUUGCCUGUCUUCUCCUUUUGUGUUACUACUAGGCAUGACAUUUAUGGUGAAACAGGGAUGCAUUUCUAAGAGCAGCUACACAACAAUCUGAUUUCCUGAAGAUAGCCACUCUAAGAAGAAGAGGAAGGAACAUAGCAGGGUUCGUCAACCCAUAGACUGUUUCCAAAAAUAAUUUUUAAACUUUUCCACUUGGCAUCUGUGUCCUUAACCAUUUGCACAAUGCAUUGCCUGUUUAAUAAAAGGUUUCAAACAUGCCUCGGUUGUGCA